UUAAGGAGCGAAUGUUUUUUUUUAAUUUUUAUUUUCAAACACUCACCUGCUUGUUAGAUCUGUGGUAGCAUUUUAUGAUAUUAAAAGUAAGAUAUGUCAUGUUAUUAUUUUUAGUGUUAAACAAUCAUAAAAUAUUUACGGUGCAUCGUGAUCGAUCGUCAGUUCGUCGAAUUCCAAGAAUUGUUGUGGGAAUCGUUUUGUGCUAUGGUGCAUUUGAAUAGGGUGUAAUCGUGAGCCACUGACGUGUGCUACCGGACAAAGUUUGUUUGUCGGAUACACGAAUGAAAAAGUGUAUCAAGAGUAGUGAUAAGUUCGAAACAUUUGCCAGACAAAUCAGCGGUAAUGCUUAUCUACGAUGUUUUGCACAAGGAGAAGGUCUACCAGAUCGUCUCGGGCAAUCUCAGGACGAUGGGGGUUAAGUACCGGAUAAAGAAAAACUGCGUCAAGGCAGAAAAACCCGAACGCCUGAAUUCCGGUGCCUUGAAGAAGGUCUUCAGAACGUCAUUGUCUUACCUGCCUCUGGACGUGGUCAAUCUGUCGUCCGGAGGUAUUGUUCAUGUGCCUCUGUUUGUCAGUCAAGCUACUGCGUUUCUGCUCAAGCACGUCAGUCAGGAGGGAUUGUUCAGAAAGGCUGGCUCUCAGAUUAAGCAGAAGGAAAUCAUAGCUAGACUUGAUAAUGGGGGAGGUCUUGGGGACAAAAAUAAUCCCAUCGAUGUGGCCAAUUGCCUGAAAACGUUUUUUAGACAUUUGCCAGAGCCAUUGAUACCUUAUAAUUAUCAUGACUUAUUUGUAAGAUGCAAUUUGCUCAAGAAAAAUAAAGUAGAGGCUCUUCUGUUAGCUUGCAUUAUUUUACCGCCGCAUCAUCUGAAUUCUUUAGCGUAUCUUAUGGAGUUUUUAAAGACUGUUGCAUCUUAUGAGAAGCAAAAUAAAAUGAGCAUUGACAACUUGGCCAGGGUUGUUGGGCCAAAUGUUAUGCCGCUGCAAGAAACUACUAUGAUUGCAGUGCAGUCAAGAUUAGAAGCACAUUUGACGGUUGUCAAGCUUCUUAUUGAAAAUGCUGAAAAAAUUGGGGUUUUGCCAAAUGAUAUAUCAGACGCGAUUUCAAUGGAUACUGCAGGUAGUACAGAAAAUGAGCUUGAUCACUCUGAUAUAUCAUCUUCUUUUAAAAGUAAAAGGAAAAAACACAGAAGUGGAAGUCUUACAAGAAUGUUAAGUGGAUUAAAAAAAAUGGUCGGAAAAAAUAAUACUACUGAGGACGCCGAUACACAAGAAAGUAAUCUUCUCCCAGUAGAAUCAGCUCUUCAUGUAUACACUCCUCUUAAAUUGGGGAAGAGAAAAAAAGUUGAUGCUGAUCUCGUCAAAAGAAAAGAAACUUGUCUAGAAGUUAUGCCUCUCAGCCCCUCUUUUGGUCAAACAUACUAUUUUUCUUCCCCAGUUUCUAACAAUCCAAACCCUUUAAAAGAAAAAAGUCCAAAUCAAAAAAAUGGAAUACAAAAAUAUACAUCCAAUAGAGUUUUGGAACCGAAAAUUUCUGAAAAAAUCGAAAGACCAAAAAGACUCAGACUCAGCCUCGACCGAUUCGUGCCGAAAGGCAAACAUAAAAUUAGCGAGCGGGACACGGAGUCUCAUGUAAAGUCGUUCAGUCCGUCCACGGUAAGACGUUGGAGCGGAACGAGCAAUACUUUAGAUCACAAACAAAAACGUCGUCGAACUCAUAGUAUUGGCUCACCCUUUUCGUCCUCGCCAAAAACUAAAGUUCGAAACUCGAACACAAUCAAAUCCUCGGAAGAAGUCUCCAUGAACGCAGAUGUUAACUUAUCGGAUGAAAUUUUAAGAGAAAUUUCUGGAGGUGAAACAAAAAUAGAGCCUUUCAGACGGAAUAGCGUGUCGCGAAUACCUACGCACUCCUACUCUUUACGAAACUCUUUUUCUCCCAACACAUCCGAUGCCUUCAAAGUGGUAAAUAAUACAUCCAAGGAAUAUGUUAAAAUACCAAAGAGCGAGUACGAGGAAAUCAAAAAUCGAAUGUCGGCGAUUGAAUCAUGUAUAUCCCAAGAGUUUAAGAGUAUAGAUAACCAAAACAGUGAAGCUCUGACUGCCAACACAAUAAAUCAAGUUCAGAGCGAGUACGAGAAGACCUUGGUGGAAGCCAGUAUUGAAAGUACCACAAGUACAGAUCAGUUGGCUAAGAGACUUAGUAGAGAGUUAAAAAUACGAAGAUCUGCGGAGCACAAGAUAAUCAGAUCCCCAAGUGCUCGGAAAAUCGGAACUUUGAGAAGACGAUCUCAAGAAAAACCUCCAAGCAAAAAAGUACAUCGUGCUAUCUCUUGGAAUAUCUAUGACAGGCCGCCUAUUCAGAACCAUGCUCUGCAAGCUGACUCACGACUUAAUAACACUUAUGUCCACCCUAAACAGUGUAAUCUAAAACGUGGUCGUCCUCUCGUAAAGCGCGACUCGUACAAGAGUCUGGAUCAGACUCCGAAAAACGAACACGCACAUCCAACCUCGUUUUGCAGCGACGAGACAAACGCACGGUUAAACUACUUGCAGGAACAACUCAAUGCUCUCAUUAGUCACACUGCUGAACAUACGAAAGGUUCUUUCAGCGACGAUGAUUUUACGUCUCUUGAUGAAGAUACAUUUACAUCUUCUGCCAAAUCAACGACUUCAAGCGGCAAACCAACGAUUAAUUCAACGAUAAUACGACGAGCUUCGUCUUUCCAAGGCGAGUUUAUUGAUAAUUCUCAGUAUUACAACAAUAAAAUCAAAGAACUAAAAAAGACUAGCAGCCACCAGAAUUUGGGUACUGAGAGUACUGAAAAUCUUCAAAGCAUCAUGAAGUCCACGGAGCCGAAGAGAGAAAAGACCGUGACCUGGAAGGAUGCGGACAAGUAUUUCAAGCAGGAAGUUAAAAUGAUGACGCCAAUACCAACUGGACGAGCAUCGGUCGCGAAAUUGCGAGCACUAAACGCGGGCAUGGUACUUGCUAAAGCAAAGCUCUUUGACGAUCCAAAAAAGGAGGCUGUUGACGUUAAUCGACGCCAAUCCGUAAAAGUGCAAGUUACUGCCCAAGCUACUGCGAAGAAUGAACAGCAGCGAACACCUCGAAACAAACGAGUCAACAAUGUUGGUGACGCUGUUAUUCGAAGAAAAAACAUCAACAGUGCAAACCGACGGUCACAAAACACGGAAUCGCCCUUGAUAAAAAUGGAACUAACGAUCAGUAGUGGAUCUCGUCGACAGUCAGCACGCUUCAGUUCUCCCCGUAUGAACCACGAUGAAACUGUUAUCUUCAAAGAAAACCAAGAUAUAACGAUUCCAAAUCCAAAACAAUCAAAAGACGUAAGCUUUUAUCAACCAAAUGAGAGUCCACUUUGCAGGACACCACACAUAAAAAAACCAUUGACGGUAAAAACGCCAAAAAGUGCCAAAUCUUUAUCGGCUAGAAGAUUGACAAUAAGCUCGCGCCGAACUCCAAUGAAAGCCGUAUUGCCAAUCACGCCGAAAAGACAGAGUCCUAGAAUCGUUAUGAAAUCGAAUCAUAUAAGUAGACACUAAGUUUUUAUGAAUUUUUAAUAUUAAAACGUGUGAUAGAAAUUACUUGACUUAAGCACUAGGAUAAAUCUCUUGAAUGUUUUUAUAAAAACCGCCUUUUACACGAGUGUAUAUUUUGGAAAAACUUUUUUUAUUCUUAUUUUAACAAUUAAAGUGGGCAUGUAAACUAGAGUGCCAUUGAGUUAUUAAAAACGAUAGCUUAUCAAGUUUUUUUUUUUUUUCAUUUAUGUACAAUGAGAUUUUAGUCGUAAAUUAAUAAUUAUGUA